CCUUGUCAGCAUCUCAUUUCGCGCAAUGAAUCAUGACGAGCAUAACAUUCCGCAACCGCACCGCCAAGUCGCGGGCAUAAGGCGCUACCGCUCCAAGUCGCAAAGACCAUGUGAUCUAUGUAGGGCCCGAAAAGUGCUCUGCAACAUCCCUGAUCCGACGCGUCCAUGCCAGCUUUGUGACCGCACAGGACGCGAUUGCACGUUUGUGGGGAAUCCGAAUAAGAAGCCGAGGGAUAGUCGGACGAGGCGGCUGGAUUCUGAUGGUGGAGGGACGCCGAUUGUUGUGCCGCAGCCGGAACAGGCGCUUGCGCAGGAUGCGGGUGUGUAUGAGACGCUGCGCAUGCCGGAUGAAACCCAAUCUUCCGGUAUUGAGCCAGGACUCGACUUAACCCCUCUGGAUGGCACAGUAUCCCAAUCCAUCUUCUCCCCAGGCGGUGGGAUCAACUGGGACAUAUCAUUCGAUCAACACGGCAUAGACGGCGGCGACCAGCCGUUUGACUUCUUCGCCAACGGCGAACUUCCCAAUCUUGAGCCCCUCGAUGACCCAACGCCCUCAGACGAUUACGGAGAAAUUCCCAUUACCACCCCCGGCAAAACAACAGAACCUCCCGCCAGCCCAACAGCCCUAUUCGAGCGCCUUUCAUUCGACCAACGGCCAGACCACUCAACGUCACUAAUUGGCUUUUCUAACGAGUCGGAUCCGUUUUCUCUUAAUCAUUUUCCGUACUCGAGUAGUGAUGAAGUCGACUUUUAUCGCGUUGCGUAUCGACGGCAACAGCAUCCCCAAGAUCAAACGUUCCCAGCGAAUCCUCCUAUCCAUUUUUUGCAGAGUCAAACGGGGACUGCUAUUGAGAGUCAGAAGAUUGUGGAUAAGUGUAUGUCGUCGCUGGGUGAUAGGGAACAUCUGGAGAAAUUGGUGGAUCGAGAGACAGGCGUGGCUUUAGUGAAACUGUACUUCAGGUUUGUUUUCGAAGACUUACCAAUCCUUUCUCGCUCUCUCGUCUUUGAGGACUUGAACAAAUUUGUCGCAGAGGCAUCGACCGGCUUACUCGCGGGUAUAUACGCCCUCGCACUGCCCUUCACCCCCUGGGACGAAAAGCUCUGUCUCGACAGUGCAUAUUUCAAGCCUGACGUCACUGAUCUGUGGCAAGUCUCCUACACAUGCCUCCAAAAGGAACUUCAUUUCCCCCGUCUCUCCACCAUCCAGAUAUUCCUCCUCCUUCUCAAUCACACCCCUUUUGAUGUCGUCGUUGUGGAGAACCCGUUUGUAUGGUCCUUAGCAGCUUCCAUGCUGGCCAUGGCUCAGUCACUUGGCUUGAAUGUCAAUUCGACUGGAUGGAAGUUGCCGGCGUGGGAGGUUCGCCUUCGGAGACGGUUAUGGUGGGCUGUUUAUGUUGAGUAUACUUGGCGUGCAGUAACUCAUGGUCGAUCUUCUAUGAUAUCUGACGAUGAUUGGGAUGUCUCAUCACUUACAUCUGCCGACUUCACUCUUGAUCCUACAGCCAUCAUACCGGAGAGCAUUCGAGAUCAGUCACUCGAAUAUUUCAUUCGUUUGUGCUCAUUGACAGAGAUCACUAGCGGAAUCUGUCGACAAUUCUUCUCCCUACGUGCUGCAUCACGGCCUCAAAUUCUUGACUCACUUCUUGAACAAGCUCGUGGGCCACGUCAGCAGCUACUCAAAUGGCUAGAAGAUCUUCCUGAAUCGCUAGCACUCAGGCCAGAGCCAAGUGACAGUGAUGCAGAUGACUCCGUCAAGAGUCACAGAUCCCUCUACGUAGCAUAUUACACCACGCAUAUCCUCGUUUUACGUGCGCUCUUACGUCCCAUAAUUGACAGCAACACACAGCUCAAUCAUGUACAAUCUUCCGUGGAAACCGUCCUCCAAGCAUGUCGUGGUCUAAUCCAAACAGUCAUCAAGUUUAUCCGCGGCUUAGAUGCAAGACAUCAAUCGGCAUUUUGGCCUGCUUAUACACGGAACUGUCUAGCAUAUCCCGGACUAUUCUGCUACAUGCUCUGUCUCCAGAAGCGGCAGCCUGAUAUGACGGCGUAUGACCAGAACCUUCUCGCAACAUGGAGAAAGACUCUCCGCACUCGAAUGCAGUCGUGGCCCUUUCUCCGAUUUGCUAUUGUCAAGGUUGACGCUAUUUACUGGAAGAAACUAUACCAAGACAAGAAUUGAGGUUUUGAUUGGAACACGUGGAGCAUUGAUGUUGCAAGCGGAAUGCUAUUUACUGUAAUGAAUAAUCACUGAACUUAUAAUAUGGAAGAUUCUAUAUCUAGUGGUCAUGGACUGAACGCCGAAAUGCAAAAAAAAUAUUGUUAUAUUCUGUG